CCUGCUAAGUCAAAUCUUGGAUCUGUUUGUGCAGACAAAUAAGGAGCAAAAGAACAGCCCAUGCAUGUCGAUGAAUGAUCCAAAGGCAGGCCAAAGGGGCAGUUCAAGGCAGGCCAUGGAAGAAGCUCAACCAGCAAGAGAAGCAGCGAGAUAUGCAUUAUGGAGCUGUGAGAGAGAGAGAGAGAGAGAGAGAGAGAGAGAGACAAAAGCACAUGGGGUGGCAAGAUUAUCCAGAAUCUAUCAGUCGCAAUGCUACAGAUGCUGUCGCUGUGGUCGCUUUCCGCCUUCUGGCCUCAGCGGCCGCAUCUUGUCGCUCUUUUCUGCAGUCGGAGCGGUCUCUUACCGCUUCUCUCCCCACACUCGCAAAGGGAAGCCGCAGUUGACACCUUCAUGCAGUGGUUUCAUGGCGAGUACGUCCAAUCGAUCGUCCUUUCUGAAAUUAUGAGGCCAGUCUACUCUUUAGAUGCAUAGAAUUCUCUGACACACCCAACAACUAGGGCCAGUGCCGCUAAAUUAGAGGGGUGACAUCCCUUCCCUUCUCUAGAACUCGGCCUUCCUCUCUGCUGCUUCGUGGGAAGCAUGAAGCAGACGGAGGGGAGGAUGAGAAGGUAUGGAUCGCAGAGCAGCCCAGAGAGAACCAGACCUAGGACUGAGCCGCCGCCGCCGCCGCCAGUACCGCAGCAAGGGAGGAAGGUCCCGGUGGUGUACUACCUCUGCAAGAAUCGCCAUCUGGAGCACCCUCACUUCAUCGAGGUGCUGCUCUCCUCCCCUCGAGGGCUCUACCUCAAAGGUCCGCUGAAGUCGAUGCAUGCCGUAGAGUGGAUGAAUUGGUUUGCGUGUGUACGAUGCUUCUUAUUCGUUGGCUUUCGUUCUUGUUGGUUUUGGGAUAUUGAUGCAGACGUGAUCGAGAGGCUCAAUGCGCUGAGAGGAAAGCGGAUGGCCGCCAUGUAUUCGUGGUCUUGUAAGAGGGGGUACAAGAACGGGUUCGUUUGGCACGACCUCGGGGAGGACGAUCUCGUCCUCCCCGCCCAUGGCAACGAGUACGUGCUCAAGGGUUCCGAGCUCCUGGAUCAGUCUCCUUCAGUUCGGCGCCACAAUGAAAUGAGCAAUCCGAGGUUGCAGAUCCAGAAUCAACGAGAUUCCCCUGUGAAUUCCUGUAAAGACCAUGAAGAAGCUGCUUCUUCUUCUUCCUCCGUGGCGGUUGUGGUUAAGGAGGCGAAAACCUCUCCUGGAUUGCGGUCGCCGGCUUCACCGCAUCCCCCUUCUACUACCCGACCGGAUGAGCUAUCGCCCACCACCAAUCGGUCGAGCUCCUCCGGCGAUUUCUCCCCGGAGACUGGCUGUAGAACCACCCCAUCGUCGGCAAUGGGCUCACCGAGCCCUGCCGAGCACCACGUCCGCAGGCCCGCCGUAGUGCAGGAUGCCUCCACUCAAACCGACGAGCAAGGAGGGAGAAAAGCGUGUGGAAUUGCCGGUGUCUCGUUGGGUAAGGAAUCCAGCGAGACACAGAACGGAAUGAGUCCAUGUCCGACUGAGGGGCCUGAGAAUGUCGAGGCGUCAUCUAAUGCUGCUGCUGCUUGUUCUUGCGGGAGGACGAGCACGCUGGAGUCGCUGAUACGAGAUGAACCAAGCCAGAGGAAGGACUGGCGGAUCGUCGAGGACGAAGUUUUCAUCCCGUCCAGGGCGAAGCUGAAGGCAGCCGACAUGCUCGUGCAGCUGAUCACAUGCGGUUCGAUCUCCGUGAAGGACCAUUACAACUUCGGAAUCGUUCCAACCUAUAACCCAAGGUUCACCACCACCAUGAAGUCUCCCUCGCCGACGUUUCCGGGUUCGAUGAUGCUGGGAGAAAUCGACUGCUUCUCGGAAAGCCAGAGAGUGGUCGGACUGAGGCCGGAAGAGCAGAUAAACCUCGCUGAAACCAUCACAGAGUCGAACCAGGAAGAAAUGGAAGCAGAGAGCUGCAAGAUGCCUGAUUCAAGGAAGGAUGAAGAAGAAGGAACGGAUUCGUUGCAGUUCAAAUGUCUCCCUCGGGCGAUUAGAAUCGCGUCCUGCAAGCAGUCCAAAAUCGAGACGGUGAGGUCCCCUGCUUCAGGUACGAGGAUGCUCUCAUGGGGGUUCGACAUCGCCAAGUCAUCACCACUCUGCUCGUCCAAAGAUGGAAGCAAAUGGAUCACCGAUACUUCGUCGACAAAAGGAUCCUUCACUGGUUUCGAAUCUUUCAGAGAAGAGAGGAAGGAGAAGGUGAUCGAGCUUGAUGAAAGUUGAGUUACUCUGCCCACUCUGUGUGAAGCUAAAUUUCCUAGCUAUUUCUUCCCCCCAUCCAAAUUCUCUUUCUUGCAGGCCUACUUCUGGAGCUCGGGUUGUAAUCCGAUCGAGCUCUCCGUGACUGGACCAGUGAGGAACGAGGAUAUCUCGUCACUGCAUCCUGUCUCUCAUUCCACUGUCAGCGGUGUGUGGAAGAAAGCUCAUAAAUUCUCCAAUGGAUUCUUAGUUCUAUUUCAUUCGAUCGAUGACCUAUUUUUGAGUAUCAAUGGAUCAUUUCAACCAUUAUCAUAUGGGAUGUGCUUGCGUUGGACUUA